AUGGCAACCGAGGACAAGGACACGCUGGUCGUCCGCCGCCAGACAACCGGAGACGCUCUGCACAGCCUGCUCUCCGACUUGUUUGAGGAGGUCCGGCACGAAUGCAGCGGGAGCGUGGCCGACUACAUUCCUCAGCUCGCACAGGCGGACCCAGCCCUCUUCGGUGUGGCCUUCUGCGACGUCCACGGCCGAAUCUCAGCGGUCGGCGACAGCCGUGCGACCUAUUGUCUGCAAAGCACGAGCAAGCCGCUCAACUACUGCCUCGCUCGCAACCUGCAGGCGGCGGGACGGGGCGCGCCUGUGCACGAGCACGUGGGGUUCGAGCCGAGCGGCCGCGCGUUCAACGAGUUUUGUCUCAACGCGCAGGGCCUCCCGCACAAUCCGCUCAUCAACGCCGGCGCCAUCAUCGUGGCCAGCCUCAUCGAGCCGGCAAAGGAGCCAGCCGCGCGCUUCGACGAGGUCAUCGGCUUCUACCGCCGCCUCUCUGGCGGCGGUGCGGGCAACAUCGGCUUCGACAACGGGGUCUUUCUGUCGGAGAAGCACCACGCCGACCGGAACGUCGCGCUGGCUUACCACAUGCGACAGCACGGCGCCUUUGACGGCUACCCGACCCCCUCUCAGUUGCAAGACCACCUCGACCUCUACUUCCAGACCUGCUCCGUGACGAUCAACUCCGAGGUCGGCGCGGUCAUGGCAGCGACGCUCGCCAAUCACGGCACGUGCCCCACCUCGGGAGAGGCGGUCGUCAGCCCGUACAUCGUCAAGGACGUGCUCUCCAUCAUGCACGGCUGCGGGAUGUACGACUUUAGCGGCCAGUUUGGCUUCACGGUCGGCCUGCCAGCAAAGUCGGGCGUCUCCGGCGCGGUGAUGCUGGUGGUGCCCGGCGUCGGCGGCUUCUGCAUCUACUCGCCGCGGCUCGACGAGCACGGCAACUCGGUGCGGGGCCUCGCGUUUUGC